AGGAGUUUGUUAAUGUACAGUUGGCUCGGAGGGGAUCGAUGUUCGCUGGCAUCGCCUCGCCCUGCCUCUGUGUGUGUCUGUCUGUGUGUGUGCAUCGGAGGAUGCCAGGGGGUCUGCCGGUGUGAGCGUGUGUGUGUGUGUGUGUACAAAUCUGUCCCUGUGAGUGUGUGUGUGUGUGUGUGUGUGUGUGAACACUCGUUUUCCUUCCUCCAUCCCAAGCUCUGUCUCUCUUCUCCCCGAUCACUCACAAACCCUGCCAUCUGACAGCAACCCAAACCUGCCGUUUCCUCCGCAAAAAACACUCGCCCCAUCCGCCAGAGAGAGAGAGAGAGAGAGGCAACCGAGGAAGGGGGGGGGUCCAAAAGCAAAAAGAAAGAAAGAAAAGAGAGGAAAUCGCAACUCUCCCUUACACUCACACUCACACUCACACAGAGCGAUCUCCUUUCAAAACAAAACUCUCCUCUGCCUUUUGUGAUUUAUCGAUCCACUUGAAAGAACAUUGUUGUUUUUUGUCACACACACACACACACACACACACACACCCCUCUAGGAGGGGGUGUCUCUGGAUCUCCCUGAUGUUUGCAUCAAAGCAAGUUCAAACAAAACAAGAGAUCUCCCCAAAAGAGGUCGAUCUCUCUGUCUCUCUGUCUCCCAGCUUAAGGUCUUUUUGAGGGGGAGAGGGGAAAAUCCUCCUCCUCGUUCUCCUCCAGACUGGGAACAGGUUGAUCUGCUCCGCCAAGUGGCCCAGGCGAGGGCAAGGCGAGGGGGCUGUGGGUUGCCAAAGGGGGGCGAAGGGAGGGGAGACCGUGUGGGGGAGAGAGAGAGAGAGAGAGAGAAGGAGAGAGAGACCCACAUCCACUCCCGUCGAGGGAAAAGCAAGGGGCAGGGAAGGAGACAUAACCAUCAGAGCCAUCAUCAUCAUCAUCGAGCCCCAGCAGCCCUGCCAGCUUCCAAGCCUCGGCUCCGGGAAGAGGACGAAGUACGGCGGGAGAAAGUACCGCGAUGCCAAGGAGGAAGCAGCAGGCACCCAAGCGGGCAGCAGGUUAUGGCCAAGAGGAUGAUUUGAAAGAUGACGAAGAUAUAAAGGAGGAGGAAGAAGAUGACAAUGAGAGCAGUUCAACAGCUCAUCUUCAAGGCAGCAAUGACCCAGGCACAGAUGAAGAACAUGAUAUAGUCCCUGAUCCAAAAGGCAGCUUUAGCUAUCAGAAUUCUCCAGUAAGUCAUAUGUCCAACCAGGAUGCUGAAAAUGAAUCACUGCUAAGUGAUGCUAGUGACCAGGUGGCAGACAUCAAAAGCCUUUGCUCCAGAGAGGUACAAGACUCCAAAGCCAAUGUCCACCCCAAACUUCCAAAUGAAGCACACAGCUGCAUGGAUAAAAUGACAGCGGUCUAUGCCAACAUCCUUUCAGACUCUUAUUGGACAGGUUUAGGUCUGGGGCUCAAGCUGUCCAAUUCUGAGAAGAAGGGGUGCGACAACAGGAAUGGAGCGAGCAAAAGUGACUUUGAUUGGCAUCAGGAUGCAUUGACCAAAAGCCUGCAACAAAGUUUGCCAGCUCGGCCUGUCUCCAAACCAAACCUUUUCAGUUCAGUCCAGCUCUACCGACAAAGCAGCAAAAUGUGUGGAACUGUAUUCACAGGUGCCAGUAGGUUUCGCUGCAGGCAAUGCAGUGCUGCCUAUGACACCUUGGUAGAGCUUACUGUCCAUAUGAAUGAGAGUGGUCAUUACCAAGAUGACAACCACAAAAAAGACAAGCACAGGCCUACCAGCUACUCCAAGCCCCGGAAACGGGCCUUUCAGGACAUGGAUAAAGAAGAUGCUCAGAAAGUUCUGAAAUGUAUGUUCUGUGGUGAUUCCUUUGAUUCCCUUCAAGAUCUAAGUGUUCACAUGAUAAAAACAAAACACUACCAAAAAGUGCCUUUGAAGGAGCCAGUACCUACCAUUUCCUCUAAGAUGGUAACACCAGCUAAGAAACGUGUAUUUGACAUUAACAGACCUUGCUCUCCAGACUCAACCACUGGGUCAUUUGCUGACACCUUUUCUUCCCAGAAGAAUGCAAAUCUGCAGCUAUCGUCUAACAAUCGCUAUGGCUACCAGAAUGGUGCCAGCUACACAUGGCAGUUUGAAGCAUGCAAAUCACAAAUACUCAAGUGCAUGGAAUGUGGAAGCUCCCAUGACACCUUGCAGCAACUCACCACACACAUGAUGGUAACAGGUCACUUCUUGAAAGUCACAAGCUCAGCCUCUAAGAAAGGAAAGCAACUCGUUUUGGAUCCACUAGCUGUUGAGAAAAUGCAGUCACUUUCUGAGGCACCUGCCAGUGACAGUCAACAUUCAAAAUCCUCAAGUAAUGCAUCAACAGAUUCUACAGCUCCUGCUUCAGAGCUAAAGAAAGAGUGCAAGUCAAAUAAAUCUGAAGAUGUGAACAAAGAGGAAAAAAUGGUGAAGAGUGAAGACUAUGAAGACACGCUUCAAAAACCACUGGAUCCUACAAUUAAAUAUCAGUACCUUAGGGAAGAAGAUCUGGAAGAUGCUUCAAAAGGUGGUGGAGAUAUUUUGAAAUCUUUAGAAAAUACUGUCACCACAGCCAUCAAUAAAGCUCAAAAUGGAGCCCCCAGCUGGAGUGCAUACCCUAGUAUCCAUGCAGCCUAUCAACUCUCAGAAGGUACAAAACCUUCCUUACCAGUGGGGUCCCAGGUUUUACAAGUUCGGCCAACUGUCACUAAUAAGUUGAGGCCUAUUGCUCCAAAAUGGAAAGUUAUGCCUCUAGUCCCUGUUUCAGCUAACAUGGCCCAAUGCACUCAGGUUAAGAAGGAAGCAGACACCAAGAAGGAAGUACAAAAAGACUAUAUGAAAGAGGGCAAUAAAACUGAUCCUGCCCCUGCCAGUCAGGAUGAAGGAGAAUCUCCCCCUCAGGCUGAGGUGUGCAUAGAACCCAAAAAAUCAGAGCCAGCUCCUUCAAAGGAGGAGAACAAAGCAAAGGGAGAUGAGGAGAAAGGAAAAACAAAAGCAAAGGAAUCAGCAACAUCACUUCUCAGUAAUGGAUGUGCUUCUUCUAACCACUCCUCAGAGCUGCCUUGUUUAAACCCUCUGAGCGCCUUGCAAUCUGUACUGAAUAAUCACUUGGGCAAAGCAAAUGAACCUCUAAGACCACAGCCAAACUCUAGUCCCAGUGCAGCUUCAGUCUCUAUUUUCCACAAACCUAAUCUGAACAUGAUUGAAAAGCCAGUUUUAUCUCCUGCCCCAACACUGGCAAAACCUGCAAGUGUUACAUCCAGGCGUUAUGUAUUUGAAAACAAUGAUCAACCAAUAGACCUGACCAAAUCCAAAAGCAAGAAAGGAGAGUCUGUUCAAGCACAAUCUUGCACUUCCCCACCUCAAAAACAUGCACUGUCUGACAUCGCAGACAUGGUCAAAAUUCUUCCCAAAGCUACAACACCAAAACCCGCUGCCUCAUCCAGAAUCUCAUCAAUGAAACUGGAAAUGGACGUAAGGCGUUUUGAAGAUGCCUCCACCGAAGUCUCCACCUUGCACAAAAGAAAGGGAAGGCAGUCUAACUGGAAUCCUCAGCAUCUCCUUAUUUUGCAAGCUCAGUUUGCUUCCAGUCUCUUCCAAACAUCUGAAGGUAAAUAUUUAUUGUCGGACCUGGGCCCUCAAGAACGUAUGCAGAUCUCCAAGUUUACUGGACUGUCAAUGACCACCAUCAGCCAUUGGUUGGCCAAUGUUAAGUACCAGCUCAGAAAAACUGGAGGGACAAAGUUUUUGAAAAACAUGGAUAAAGGCCACCCCAUCUUUUAUUGCAGUGACUGUGCAUCUCAGUUUAGAACCCCAUCAACGUACAUCAAUCAUUUAGAAUCCCAUCUAGGUUUCCAAAUGAAAGACAUGAACAAGUUGGCUGUGGAGCAGCAAACCAAGGUAGAACAAGAAAUCUGCAGAAUUUCAGUUCAAAAGUCUCCUGAAACAAUAGCUGGAGAAGAGGACACAGACUCUAAGUUCAAAUGUAAGUUAUGCUCUCGGACAUUUGUGAGCAAACAUGCAGUAAAACUUCAUCUAAGCAAAACACACAGCAAGUCACCAGAACAUCAUUCACAGUUUGUAGCAGAAGUGGAUGAAGAAUAACUUCUAAGGUAUGCAUGCCUUAACUGCAAAAUCUGUUUUAUUAUUACAUUUUUCAAAGGAGGGCUCUACAAGCACCUCUAUUUUCCUAAAACUAUUAUGUUCAAGAAUGCCAGUUUAUUUCCAGGCUUUAGCUCUUAUGUCUGUAACCAUUGCAGGAUAGGGGAACAUGUGCAGCUGCUCCCAUAGUUCUAUUUUCUAUCAUGGGAACAGUUUACCAAUACCAUCUUGCUUAGUGAUACUGCUGUUACAGGCACAGGAACUUCUGCCAAGAAAAGAUUUGGCAACCUUGCUUAUUGUUGACACUUUGUUCCCAUUUAGCUAACCAGCCCAUUAAUCUUGCAUUUGAAAAGCAAAGCAUGCUCAACACUCUAAUAGCUUCUAUUGAAAUGGCAUCUGCUUGUAAUAUUUUAAGCAUCUGUGUCAUCCUUUCGUCCCUCAUCUGAGCAAAAGAUCAGGAGUCACCACAAACCAAAUCUCAGUGUCAUGUGUUUUCAGUGUCCAGUUUCAGAAAUGAAGUUCCUCUGCUUAACUAUUAUUUCCUUACAUUUUCAAAGACAUAAGUGUUUGUUAUUUCUGCCUUCAUUCCCUACUAUUGAAAGGUUAUCAGGUCUGUUUCCAUAAAUGGGGUGACAAACCUCAGGCUAUUAGACUGAAGUUGGCAUUCUUGCAUCAUCACACCUUUGGGGUUCUCUGUAUGGUCACAUCCCCUUCCCCAUUACACCAUUGUUUGGUGGUUUUCCAGCUUUUGUAUGGGUUUUCCUCACUAUUUUACACAGUUGGAAUAUCUCUCAGGGGCUGUACAGGCCGCCCCUUUUAGCACCAGAUAGGGGCCAUGGCAACCGCACACCGCAGCCCUGAGCUCACCUUUCUGCAGCACGGAAAGGCCACCAUAGCUGCCGCUGUGGCUUUUCGACGCUCAAUCAUCUAGAUGCAGUGCUGGAGGAAUGCUGUGAUGCUGUGCACCGUGUGAUCCAGCAUGCAAUGUCAUGCCGGCCUGGGGGCAGAGUCAGGGUGUGUGUUGUAUGACUCCGCUCCCAGGCAAGCCUCAAUGGCCAGUCUGUACAGCCUCUUAGUUACUGGCAGUAAAUAUCUGAAACUAAAAAACACUGGUGUUUGGGGUUCCACUCACAUUUGCUUUAGUCCCAACCUCCACUAGAAUGUAGUCCCCAACAACAUCUCUGAAACUAAAUUUGGCCCUUGGGUAAAAACAGCUUCCUCACCCUUGUUCCAUAAUGUACUGACCAAGAGGUAGGUCAUAUCCUACCAUGCUUGGGCAUAAAAUUAUGAUAAUAGCCCACAGUUCAGCGACAGUGGAUUCCCAGGUUCAGUCACUGUCAUCACCACCUGAAGUGUUUUAGAAAGCCAAGCUGGAAAAUUCAAGCAGGAUAGAUAAUCCCCAGACCUUGGAGACAUGUCACUACUUAAAGCAGACCACAUUUCUUCCACUUGGGUGCCUCCAGAUAUUUAGAGCUCUUUUAUUUUUAUUUUUUACUACAGCAGACAUCAACCGUAGUGAGAAAGGUUAGAGAUGGUAGGAGUUUUCAAGUGAAGGGACUUGGAUUAGAGUAGACCAAUGGUAGGGACUCUCCUCUUCUGGAGCUUCCCAUGGUACAAUUAUUUGGUGAUUUCUCAGCUUUUGUAUGUUUCCUCUGUUUUUCUGAAGAGUUGAAAUAUCUUUUCAAAGGCUUAAUUACUGGCAAAAAAAAUAUCUCAAGGCAAAAUAUACUCAUAUUUUGGGCUACACUCCUUUGCCUUUGUCAUCACUUACAAGGGGAAGCCACACACAUCCUCCAAAAAUUAUUAUCUGAGGUUAUAUCUGUCUUUGGAUAGUUUUUGAUGGAACCUCAAAGGUUCAGAUAGACUUUGAGCAGAUAGUCUUUCAUUAGAUUAGUUCAUAUCUCAUAAUAAGGCAGCUUCAAACAUUCAUGUGACUUUCAGGGGAAGGAGAGAUUGUUCUCCCUUUGUUCAAAGAAAACCUUUUAUCAGUAUGUCCCGAAAGACUAUAAAGUUACAAAGAAAAAACACAAAAACCAAAAUUUACAAACAGGAGGAAUGAAGAAAUGGCUCUGACUUAAGGACAUCCCUUUACAGAAAACAGAAGGUGAUAAGCAAGUUUUAAAAGAAAUAGAGGGUAUCUUAAAAUCUGUUGCAAAUAUGACAGAGAAGAAUGGGGAACAUAGGCCUGUUACAGACUGCCAAAAUAAAGCUGCUUCGGGUC